AUGGCAACCCAUCAACUAAAGAGUACCCUUCCAAGCCAUAAACCCCCAACAUUUGCUGGUGAUGUAAUGGAAUAUCCUGCAUUUAUCAUGGCAUUUGAUGCAUUUGUAGAGUCUAAGGUUAGCGAGCCCAUAGAACUACUUUAUUAUCUGGAGCAAUAUACUACAGCGAAGGCUAAAGAAGUUAUCAAAGGCUGUCUGCAAAGUAAAACCGAAUCAUCAAGCAAGAACACUUCUGAGAAAACAUUUGGGGAUUCCUUCAGAAUAGCAAAUGCUUAUGUCACCAAAUUGUCGAGCUGGACACCAAUUAAACCAAACGAGAGAGAAAAAUUUCAAGAGUUUGCGAUUGUGUUAGAGCAAGCAAGCAAGCACAGCCAUGACCGGAAUGGACUACAUAGGUGA